AUGGCCGCCUUUGUGCGCGUUUCAGGCCCCGCAAAUGGGAAUUUUCUGAUCGGAUACCCGGGAAUUUCUGCGACCAUGCCACGAAUUGAAGGCAAAGUCGAAAUCAGACCAUGCGCCGGCAUUACAGCUCCAGUCAACGUCUCGCUCGUUACCAUCUCCCUCCACCGCCGCGAGACAAUCCACCCUUCAGCCGAUUCCCUCACAAAGAAGCGCCUAGCUCCACCACGAAAAGAGAUUACGGAUAUCGUGGGCAAGGAGAUGCUUCUGUUCCGAUGCCCCGCUGGAAAGGAAUACGAGGAAGUUAUAUCUAUGGACUUGCCCUUCGUGCUCUUCAUUCCAUUCGGCCGCGGGGGUCGCGAUGCCUCUCGCCGGGUUCCCCCAGCCAGUGUACAGCUCCCGAGUCGCACCGCCGAGACCUAUUACGAGAUGGUGGUCAUGGUCCAACAAGGGCAGCAGCAGCAGCAUAAAUACACCUUCCCCGUCCCCAUAGCGCGCUACGACACACUCUCCACAUUCGGCAUGUACAAUCGCCCCGAGUCGGCGGAGCGCGUAUCAGAUCAUCUGGUCACGUUAGCGAUAUCACUACCACGGUGGUCGUACGGUCCUCUUGAUCCUGUCAGCGUCUACGUCAAGUUAUCACCGAACGAGAGCUGGAUGGGCAAGGCGCGUAAAGUGACCAUCAACAAAAUCACCAUCGGAAUCGACGAGGAAAUAGUCUACAACCACGAGGGUGACGAGCCCCAGCGCAAAGUCAAAGUUCUGGCCAAGAAGACAGAGACCAUAGGAGUUAAAUUACCGCAAUCGGGCUAUUUGACUAACCUAGGCUUGGUAUUCCCUGCCAAGGAUCUGCGCGACUCAGAGGGAAUCCUGCCGAGGAGUAGAGCAGCGUUUCCCACAUAUGGCGUGAGUGGCUUCACAACUACAGCAAGUCUAUAUAAAAUCGAGUACUACCUCACAGUCCGGGUUCGUUCCUUCCCAUAUGAGCACUUUCCAUUCUGGAAAACUUACAUUCAACAGGCCCACUUAACUUCUGCACGAGAUAUUACCAUACGACAACCAAUCGUCGUCUGCCCUCUUGAUCAUGCCGGUUGCAAGGAAGAGAUGGAAGCAAUCGAGCAAGCGGCACGAGAUGCAGCCCACGUCAAUCCGGACAACCCUAUGCUGCCUCUUCCAGCCAUUGUACGACCGAAUGACCACAACGCCCUCAGUCAUAUAGGCGCCGCUAUUGUCGGUAACCAGAAAAAGCCCUUGAUCGACUGA